GAGAAAAAAAUAGACAUAAAUGAAGAAAAACACCAACAAAGGAGCGAGGCCUGCGAGUCACGUGGGGGCAGAGACCAAUUGGGCCUCCGGCGGCCCCCCCACCCCGGGCGGGGAGGAGGAGGAGGACGGACGGACAGGGCCAGCCUGCUGUCCGCCGGCCGCCCGCUGUGGCGUGAGGGAGUCCCCGCGUGCCCACCGCCGCCAGCGCCCCACCUGGGCCGCCCGAGCCAUCCCCCGGAGCGUGGUGCCCACUGUCCACCCUCAUCCGGCGACCGAACGCUCCUUCCGCUCCGCGGACGCGGCGGGCAUGGACUAUUCGUACGACGAGGACCUGGACGAGCUGUGCCCCGUGUGCGGGGACAAGGUGUCCGGCUACCACUACGGGCUGCUCACGUGCGAGAGCUGCAAGGGCUUCUUCAAACGCACGGUGCAGAACAACAAGCACUACACGUGCACCGAGAGCCGGAGCUGCAAGAUCGACAAGACGCAGCGCAAGCGCUGUCCCUUCUGCCGCUUCCAGAAGUGCCUGACGGUGGGGAUGCGCCUGGAAGCUGUGCGCGCCGACCGCAUGCGGGGCGGCCGGAACAAGUUUGGGCCCAUGUACAAGCGGGACCGGGCUCUGAAGCAGCAGAAGAAGGCGCAGAUUCGAGCCAAUGGCUUCAAGCUGGAGACAGGGCCCCCGAUGGGGGUGCCUCCCCCUCCCCCGCCCCCCCCGGACUACAUGCUGCCCCCCAACCUGCACGCAUCGGAGCCCAAGGGCCUGGCCCCGGGUCCGCCCGCUGGGCCACUGGGCGACUUUGGGGCCCCGGCACUGCCCAUGGCCGUGCCCGGGGCCCACGGGCCACUGGCCGGCUACCUCUACCCCAGCUUCCCUGGCCGCGCCAUCAAGUCCGAAUACCCGGAGCCUUAUGCCAGUCCCCCACAGCCUGGGCCGCCCUACAACUACCCGGAGCCCUUCUCCGGGGGCCCUGGGGUGCCCGAGCUCAUCCUGCAGCUGCUGCAGCUGGAGCCAGACGAGGACCAGGUGCGCGCGCGCAUCGUGGGCUGCCUGCAGGACCCGGCCAAGGGCCGCCCGGAGCAGCCCGCGCCCUUCGGCCUCCUGUGCAGGAUGGCGGACCAGACCUUCAUCUCCAUCGUGGACUGGGCGCGCAGGUGCAUGGUCUUCAAGGAGCUCGAGGUGGCCGACCAGAUGACCCUGCUGCAGAACUGCUGGAGUGAGCUGCUGGUGUUCGACCACAUCUACCGCCAGAUCCAGUACGGCAAGGAGGGCAGCAUCCUGCUGGUCACCGGGCAGGAGGUGGAGCUGAGCACGGUGGCCGCGCAGGCGGGCUCCCUGCUGCACAGCCUGGUGCUGCGGGCGCAGGAGCUGGUGCUGCAGCUGCACGCGCUGCAGUUGGACCGCCAGGAGUUCGUCUGCCUCAAGUUCCUCAUCCUCUUCAGCCUGGACGUAAAGCUGCUGAACAACCACAGCCUGGUGAAAGACGCGCAGGAGAAGGCCAACGCCGCGCUGCUGGACUACACCCUGUGCCACUACCCGCACUGCGGGGACAAGUUCCAGCAGCUGCUGCUGUGCCUGGUGGAGGUGCGGGCCCUGAGCAUGCAGGCCAAGGAGUACCUGUACCACAAGCACCUGGGCAACGAGAUGCCGCGCAACAACCUGCUCAUCGAGAUGCUGCAGGCCAAGCAGACCUGAGCCCCUCGCCGGCCCCGCCCUCCAGAUGGCUGAUUUUGUUACGCCGGCCCCAGGAGCCCCGGCCCGGCCCUGGAGCCGCGUGUUUGGGAAGGUGGGGGCGCGUGGGCGGGGCUCUGGAGGUGGCUGCCCACCACCCCCUUCCUCCCCAAAUCCCAGCGGCCUGUUCUGGAGUCUCAAGUGCAGGUUUGGGAAUCCCCUUGGGGGGCUCAGCAGAGGUCAUCCCUUGGCCCUCUUCUGGAAACAGAGACAGGGACAAGUUGCGCAUCCCCUGGGGGGAGGGGGGAGUUUCCCCGGAUCUUGCACCGGGGAGAACUGAGUUUGCUGAGUGGGCGGGGCGCCUCCCUGCCUGCCCCCUGCCCGCGUGACUUCUGCAGUGGAGAAGCUGGGCACGUGAUCUGAACCGUGUCCUGGUCCCUCUGCCCCCAGAGCAGCUGUUUGGUACAGUCCAAGUUCUAGCCCCACCCACAGCGGGCCGGCCCGGGCGCAUAUUUAUCUGCAAGGUUGCAGUCUGCAGGUUUCUGGUGUCUCCUUUUGCCCCUCCCCGGUUUGGUUCGUAUUUUCAUCUCCUAGACAUUCCUUGCAAGGGGUGUGCGAUGGAGGGCGGGGCUCAGGUGUGAGGCCUCAGGCUGUGAUCAGGUCAGCACCGAGCAUGGCCCCAGACUCUCCUAGGGGAUCCGCAGCAGGUACCAGCGGUUGUGAGCCCCCACGGGAAGCCAGAGCUGCGUGCCUGCCCCCACCCCGCCACGAGAAGGGCAGGAGCGUGUGGGGGCUCUGAGUCUCUAUGGGUGACCCUGGGAGGGCAUAUGGGUCUUUGGAUCAGGGACAGCGUUGGUGAGCCCCUCCCUCACGGCCCUGUCCCCUUGGGUCCCUUGCAACACACCCUCGAAGCUGAGUCCUGGCUCCUGGGCCUCCUUGCCCGAAGGCCCCAGGUGCCUGGGAGCGGCACGGGCUGUCCCGGGCGCCCACCGUCUGCCUUGCUUUCACAUUGCUGUCGCAGCUUGUGCUGAGCCUGCCCAGUGCCCUGACACUGGGCACCCCUGCCCCUGCCUCUCUGCGCUCCGCCUCGACCUCCACCUCUGCCCCGUGAAACGCGUGCCCCUGCCAAGGCCAGAGACCCACGGGCCCCGAAACAAGAAGUGCCCUUAAGUCUCCCCAGCCCUGCAGCCCUGGAAUAAAUUUUACAAGUAGUUUCCAGCCA